CGCUCUCUGAUGACGUCUGAAGUGUGCGCCGCCGUUGAGCUCCACUUAGGUUUUGCUGUGUAAUAUCUGAUUGAGCUGCACUAUAAGUCUACUCACUGAUCAGAGCGUGUUUUUUUGCCUCUAGACUCGGUCUGCAACAUGGAAUACUUGAUCGGGAUUCAGGGGCCAGACUUUGUGCUGGUUGCGGCAGAUAAUGUAGCAGCCAGCAGUAUAAUCCAGAUGAAACACGAUUAUGACAAGAUGUUCAAGCUCAGCGAAAAGAUCCUGCUCCUGUGUGUGGGUGAAGCUGGUGACACAGUACAAUUUGCAGAAUACAUUCAGAAAAAUGUUCAGCUUUACAAAAUGAGAAAUGGAUAUGAGCUCAGCCCAGCAGCUGCUGCAAACUUCACAAGGAAAAACCUUGCAGACUAUCUGCGGAGUCGGACUCCAUACCAUGUAAACCUGCUCUUGGCAGGAUAUGAUGAGGCCGAUGGUCCAGGACUGUACUACAUGGACUACCUGUCAGCGCUUGCCAAAGCCCCCUUCGCAGCACAUGGAUAUGGUGCCUUCCUCACUCUCUCCAUCCUGGACCGACAUUACAGACCAGAUCUGACUCGUGAGGAGGCUGUGGAUCUGCUCAAGAAGUGUUUAGAGGAGCUCAACAAACGAUUCAUCCUGAACCUGCCUUCCUUCACUGUCCGUUUGAUCGACAAAGAUGGCAUCCACGACAUGGAGAAGCUGCCCGUGGGCCCUAAAUGAGCAACUACUGUUAUUCUCCUGUAGUCACAACUCUUUUGUAAAUGCAAAUGCAACCCUCUGUGCUCUAAUAAAAACAUUGACCCCUUGUUAA